UUCUUCAACUCCACCAUUUCCUUCCUUUUCUCUCUCUCCUUUGCUUUCCGAGCAAUUCUUGCUUCUCUUUUCAUAUCCUUAAAACCGCCAAAAUUCCUUUCUCUUUUUUUUUUCCUCAACAAACAACCCUUUUGAUUCUUCUCUCCUCUCGUAUUCAUAACAAGGUCUUUCACUGCAUCGACAUCUUCGAUUCUUGAUUACCUAGAAAACUCUAUACAUGCAUGAUCGUGAGGGACUAACAGGGAAGCCUAUGAUUGGAAAGGGCCACAAGAAAUUCUGGUAUUUUGUUUUAGCCUCAUUUCUUUUAUGGUUCUUGUUGCUUUACUCCUAUUAUUCGGGUUUAAAGAUUGAUAACAGCCAAACUACCUUGUCAAGAGAAAAUUCUGAAAAUUUUGUUGAUGCCCAUGAAUCUAUUUCUGUUAAUGCACAUAGAAAAGAAACAGGGGAUGUUGCAGAGUCUAGUAUGAAUAUAAAUGUAACUGGUAAUCCCAUCGACAAUUUUUUCGUUGGAGGCGAUUGGGACAAGUAUCUUGAUGAAAUAUCGAAGGUCAGGAAAGAAUUAAAACCGGAUAAUCAAAUACAUCUUACAGAGAAUGAAGCUCAAUCUAUUAACAAAGUUUUUGAUAGGGGGAAUGAAGAAGAAUCUGAUAAGUUAGUGGGUAGCAAGGAAAAUGGGGUUGAAUCUGUUCCUGUGGAAGAGAAAAUAAUCGAGGAAGUCACUGAACAGGAGGAAACCAUGGAAGAUAGGACUGCAGGAGUUGAACCCAAUUCUGAUUCAGAUUUUGAAUCAUGCUCGGGUAGAUACAUUUAUGUUCAUGAUCUUCCUAGCCAAUUCAAUGAGGACUUGAUUAAGCAUUGUCGAUCACUUAGUGAAUGGUCUAAUAUGUGCCCCUUCAUUUCAAACUUUGGUCUAGGUCCAAGACUUAAGAAUUCUGAAAGGGUGCUUUUAAACACUGGAUGGUUUGAAACAAACCAGUUCAUGCUAGAGGUCAUUUUCCACAACAGAAUGAAGCAGUAUAAAUGCUUAACCAAUGACUCAUCAUUGGCUUCAGCGAUCUUUGUGCCUUAUUACGCUGGACUUGAUGUUGUUCGAUAUCUAUGGAAUUCUCAUAGAUUGAUGAGGGAUUAUUAUUCACUUAAUCUUGUCAAGUGGCUAAGAGAAACACCUGAGUGGAAAAGAUUGUGGGGUAGAGACCAUUUCCUAGUUGCAGGGAGGAUCACCUGGGAUUUCAGGAGACUGACAAAUGGCGAUUCUGAUUGGGGAAACAGGCUUAUGCUUUUGCCUGAAUCUAAGAACAUGACCAUGUUAACUAUUGAGUCUAGUCCAUGGAGCCAAAAUGACUUUGCAAUUCCAUAUCCAACUUACUUCCAUCCUUCAAGCGAUGAUGAAGUGUUUCAAUGGCAGAAUAAGAUGAGGAGAAUGAAAAGGAGAUUCUUGUUCUCUUUCGCAGGUGGCCCAAGACCCAACGUUACAAAUUCUAUCCGUGGUGAGAUCAUUGACCAAUGCCAGGCGACAAGGAGGAAAUGCAAGAUGCUUGAGUGUGUGCCUGGUUCAAACAAAUGCUACAAGCCUGUUUAUGUGAUGAAAAUUUUCGAAACUUCUACAUUCUGCUUGCAGCCUCCAGGGGACUCCUAUACCAGGCGAUCCACUUUUGAUUCAAUCUUGGCGGGAUGUAUUCCAGUUUUUUUCCAUCCAGGUUCAGCAUAUGUUCAAUAUUUAUGGCACUUACCAAAGGAUUAUACAAAAUAUUCAGUUUUCAUACCGGCAAACGAGGUAAAAAAUGGCAAAGCUAGCAUUGAGAGGAUAUUAUCUCGGAUUCCAAAGGCAAAGAUCUUGGCAAUGAGAGACCAGGUGAUAAAACUGAUUCCAGGAGUGGUAUAUGCAGAUCCAAGGUCUACUUUGGAGACUCUUGAAGAUGCAUUUGAUAUCACAAUCGAUGGAGUUCUUGAAAGGAUUGAGCAGACAAGGAGGGAUAUUAGUGAGGGUAAGGAUGUUUCUGAUAAUGGGGAAGAGUUCACUUGGAAGAAAACAUUGUUUGGGACAGUAGGGGAACAUGAAUGGGAUCCUUUCUUUGCAAGGUCAUAGUGUUUGAGCAGGAAGUAGGAAGAAAUGUUAGAGAAGAGAAAAAGAUUCUUUAUAGUUGUACAAAUGAUUAACUAGGCCACUGUUUUUUUAUUUUUCGGCAACUUCUCCUUUCAAUCGGUUU